CGGCAAUAUGUCAACCAUAAUGCAUUGCGCAUAAAUGGCCGCCAUGUUGCUGCCGUCUGAAAGAUGUUCACAUCUGUGUGUGUUUACUAAUGGUUUUUAAGAACAUUGAAAGUUAAAUUACUGUGUUUGUGAAAUUGUGAGUGUACAAGGGUUUCAUAAUAAAUAUGCUUUUGUGAUUGAAACGUCUAUCAAAUGUCUCAGAGGCCAAUAAACAGUGAAAUUUUCUUUAGGUAGUCAUUCGAGUCGGACGGCAUAAUGGCUGACAAUCUGAUUCAAAAGUCACAUAAAACUAGUGAAAAAAACAAGUAUAACAACGUUGUCCAUCGUACGACAAGCGAAUCUCUUCGUCUGAACGAGUCAGAGAAAGGAGUGAGUCAUCCGACAAGUCUUCAAUCCGGCCAUAACCCGAGGAAAAUAUCUUCCUUUCAGAUCACCAGUGUGACCGUUGGCUCUCGUGUGAGCACUGAUGCGGGAGAAGACUCCGCAGAUGAUCUAGAUGAAUCUCACACCGAUGACAUCUCAAGGGUGACCGACAUCGAGAAUGAAACGCCAAGUUAUUCUGAAGAUACGUUCUCGAAAGACGAUGUGUUUUACAACGCGUCCAGUGCUUCCCUAGGUUGUGCGCCUGUCAUACCGACUAGCUCGCAGUACGGUCUCGCUAUUGUGGGCCAGGAUAACAACACUAAUCAAAUCGGAGGUGCAGUGCCAAAUAGUAAUAACACGGAAGUGAAUGACAUGCACGUAAGUGUUACUAACGCCGGAGCAGGGAGUAUUAUCAAUCUAAUUGGUAAUGCGAAACCACAAGAAGGGAUGAAAGAAAUACAGGAACAUGUUAGAAAUGAACGGUUCAAAGUUGUGAAAAUAGAAAGCACGGAGCCAUUUAGAAGAGGAAGAUGGAUGUGUAUGGAUUAUUUGGAUCAUACAAGUACACAACAAAAUGCACCAAUCACAUUAAACAACAACUUAGAUGUAAAUGAUACUAACUCAUUGCAAGCUCCGGACAGUGGGGUUGUUAUUAAUGAUAGUCACCAUGAUGAAAUGUGCAACGAUCUGACAAGCAAAGGGCCUAAAGAUCACCAAGUAAGUGGACCAGCAAUACAGCAGAUUGAUCAAAGUGUGCAGAAACAGUUUCCUAUUGCUUCUCCUGGCCAAUCACUUACUCAGCCCAUCAACAUGCAACAGCAAAUGCCUGUCAACCAAUCUGUGUCUGUCCAGUCCCCACCUUUGGAAAUGCCUCAACAAAUGCCUACACAGAACAUGACUAACCAACAAGUUGCGCAACAGCACCCUCAAAGUAUGGCACAUAUAACAAUGCAAGGUGCCCAACAAAGUCAUCAACCUGCCUCGCAGCAACAAGUGCAACAAAUACCUCAAAGCUUUCCUCAGCAUCAAUUGCAACAAGUUAUUGCUCAGUCACAGGGUAUACCUAUUCAACAAAUACCUAUGCACCAACAAAUGCCACAACAGAUGCAGCAGAUACCGAACCAGCAAAUGCAACAAAUCAAUCAACAUAUUCCCCAGGCCCAGAUAACUAAUAUGCAACAAAUACCCCAGAUGCAAGGUAUACCUAAUCAGGGCCAGAUGGCCCAAGUCACAGGCCAGCAGCCCCAGAUGCAACAAAUACAAAUGCAGCCAAUGCAAGGGCAACCAAAUCCUCAACAAUUACAUCAGAUGCAGCAAGCUCAGAUGCCUAACAUUGGAGCGGGUCAUCAUCUGCAAGGACAGCAGUCGAUUGGUCCUCAACAGACCCAGUUGCAACACUUGCCUAGUCAGGCCCAAAUUCAAGCUCUUCAAAAUCAACAAAUACCUAACCAUAUUCAACAAAUGCAAUUGCCCACACAGUUAAGUGCUCCGAAUCAACAAAUUCAACAGAUGCAACCACAGAUUCAUCAACUCCCCACACAACCACAGCAGUCAGUGGUCAGCGGAAUGCAUCCCCAAAUGCAACCACAAGCUAUGACAGGUGUUCAGCCUCAGUAUAAUCAAGGAGUAAAUCAGCAAUCAAAUGCACAGAAUAUGAUAACGGCUAGUAUGGCAUCAUCACAACAGCCGAUGGUUCAAGCGCAACAUACUGUCCCUCAAUAUCACACGCAACCGUCUCAAAUGAGCCAGCAGGGACAGACUAUGCCUCAGGAGGUGCUCUCAAGUAUUGUUACAUCACAACAAGGUGCCACCCUUCCGACAAACCUUCAGUCGAUGGCUACCCAGCCACAAGGCUCCACUUUGCCUGCGAAUCUCCAAAGUCUGGCCGGCCAGCAACAGCCAUCCGCGGUGCACGCAAUGGCACCCCAACAAGGUUCAGUACCCCAAGGAAACUUACAGAUGAUGGCGGCGCCACCACAGAAUAUCCAGAUGACACUGGACGGGAAUCAGCCGAGCAUGCAGAUACCCGCCUCAGAUCCUAUAUUCAUGCAGCCUGGCAACGUCGGCCAGCAGAUGCCCGUGGGCCAGCACAUGGGGCAGCAACAGAACAUGCUGCAGCAGCAGGUGGGUGGGGGGCAGGCGCAGAUGCAGUACGUGCCGGGCCAGGCUGUGCCGCAAGUGUCGAUGGCGCACCAGAACAUUCCGAUGUCGAUGCAGCAGCCGAUGCCUGUGGGCAUGGGCGGCGGCGUACACGCGGGCGUGGUGCAAUCGCAGACCAGCAUGGGGCUGGGCUACGGGGGUGUGGUGCCCGUCAUGUCGCAGAGUAGCGUGGCGCCGGUGGAAGCCACCGUGUCGGGGACUAACUCGCCAGUGGUCUCGAUGCCGGUCAGCUCGACCGGGUACGUGGCCAACAGUGCACAGGCCGGUCUCGACAGCCAGGGCUUCGGUAGCCCUGUGAGUGCGGUGUCUCAUGCGGUCAGUAACGCGGUGAUGAGCAAUGUGAAUGUGAAUGCGUGUGAAAGUGGUGCUCCCGAGCCAGCGGCAGAGGGCCUGCAGCCCGCCGACUCUGGUGACGGCAAGGAGGAGACGCAGCCCGCCCCACCACCGGAAGAUGAAAGCAUCAGCGGGCUGGCGCUGGCGCUCGGCGGCAGCGGGUCGGGCAGUCCUGCGUCGGCAACAGAGGCACGCGACAACACCGCCGCCUCGUCCCGCGCGCCCUCUCCGCCACCUUCUGACAGGCAACAGCACUCCAGCGCGUCGGGCACCAGCGCCGUGGCGAUCGACAACAAGAUCGAGCAAGCUAUGGAUCUGGUUAAGAGCCACUUGAUGUUCGCGGUGCGCGAGGAAGUGGAAGUAUUGAAAGAGCGCAUCGCGGAACUGAUGGAAAGGAUCAACCAGCUCGAGGUGGAGAACACGUACCUGCGCGCGCAUGCCAGCCAGGACACGCUGGCACAACUGCCGGCCGUCGGUACCAAGCCGCCGCCGCAGCCGCAGGGCCCGCAGCCGCCUGUCUCGUAGGCGCCGCACCCUCGCCCGGCCAGACCACGGCCGUGCUGUGUUAUGUCGUAGGCUAGCUGCAGGGGGUCGAGAACGUCGCGCGCCCGCCGCGCACGUCGCGCCCUUUGCGCCCAUCGCGCACUCCGCGCCCGUAGCGCCCGCCGCUAGCCCGAGCCGCGCGCUCGCUCACAUUACCACGCUUGGACUCAUAGAAAUAUAUUUUCUGUUAUUUAAUCUUUAGGGUGCAGAACUUUGUGCUAACUGCCAUGCUUUUGCUAUGCAACUCGGCGACGAGCCUUUUUAGUGUGUCGAUUUUUAACGUCUAUAUUUUUUAUUCUGUUUAAAGUUAGAUAUCGCUAUUCGCGUAAUGUAUUCCAUUUAAGAUAUCUGUAAGGUCGUGUGUUAAUAAUGUAAUGUAAUGAAAUAGUCGAUUAUAACUACGCAUACUGAACAAUGACUGUUAUUUAUUUACUAUACAUUUUUUGUAAUAAUUUUAAGUUAUUUAUCCGAGUUGUACCGUGCUAACAGUAAAUUCGCAAGCGUUUGUUCCUCGUCAGCCUGAUUACAAUGAUCUGUCGAUAGUAGUCUGAUUGUAAAGUGUGCACUUUGUGGGGUUUCAUUUAGUUUGUAAUUUUUACUGUAAUGAUGACAAAUAUUAUAACCAUUGGAGGCAUCGGAGUUGCCUUUGAUGUCCGUAGAUUUAUACGCUGAGAGACGUUAAGGUUAGAAGAACUAGUAGUCGCGAGAAUCGCCUCUUGCGUUAGCUGGCUUAGUACACGCUGAAACAAAAAAAAAAAAAACAGUUUUAAUUCCAGGCCGAUGUAUCGAUGAUAGAGAGAAGUUAUAGCGUUUUAAUGUAUUUUUUUAAUGAUUAAUAAAUUGUUUGUAUAUAGUACAAGUUGUAAUAGAAUUGUGCGAUGGAGGAUGUAAAUACGGGAGAACGCGAUGAUGACGAAGUGAGGAAGUGUUGUGACAGUUGGAUUGCAGUUAUCAGAUGAAGAGAUAUAUCUAGAUGAAACUAUAAGUAUAUUUGCUGUAUUUUAACUCGCUUCAUUGUUUAUCGUUUAAUAAAUGAACAAAGUGUGCGGUGAGCGUAUGUAGAGGAGCGCUGUCGCGUGCCGCAACAGUACUGCAACGCGGCCGCGUUCCUUUGCACUCGUCGUUAGGUUCUCGUGAUUAUUGUCAACUUGCAGUAAUCAAAUCCUAAAAGCAUUACCCUAGUUACUAGAUAUGAAUAAUAUUAUAUGUGAUUCUGAAAAUUGUAAAUAUAAUUGUAAACAGAGAAUGUCCAUGUAGCUUAUGUUGACCAGAAAGGUUCCUCAUACCCAAUAAAUGCAAAACUAUUAAUAA